AGCACGAGUUAUUUUUCUGUGAGCAAACUUUGAGUGAUUAGAAGAAAAUGCAGAAUCAAAGGCCUUGGCAGGUUCAAACAUAUGAUGUGUUUGUUGGUAACUUGCCGGUUGAUACUGACCAGAAAAAGGUUUCCAAAUACUUCACAAAGUAUGGGGAGGUCCAAGCAGUCAUUGUCCGUGACAGCAACACAGAUGGGAAGAAACUCGCCUAUGUAAAGUUUUUGUGCUUAGAAGAUGCUGAAAAGGCAGUUGCAGAGUGUCAGAACAUCGAUAUCAAUGGGAACAAAGUUAUUGUCAGGAAAGCUGAACCAAGGAAGAAACCGGGAUCUGAUCGAUUUAACAAGGAUGAUGCCGGCACAAAGUCAAAAGGUCCAUACGGACAGAAAUCAGAUCAGGGGAAUCCAUCAAACAGCCAAUCAAAGGAAUCACUUGAGGAGACAGUGAUGGUGACCCACGCGGAAUCUGCCAACUCCUUGUGGGUUCAGAUUGUAACCGAGGACAACAUGAACAACCUCCUCAGCAUGACGGAACAACUGCAGACUCUGUGUGCUGCCGCUUCCAAGAUAUCUGGUCUCCCUGAACAGAACAAGAUUUAUGGGGCCCAGUUUUCUGAGGAUCAGCAGUGGUACAGAUGCAGGGUGAAACAGAGUUUUGGCACAGACAGGGUGAAGGUGCUGUACGUCGACUACGGCAACACAGAGGAACUAAACCCCACCUCCCUCGUUGAAAUGCCUGCAAACAUCUCCUCUGUCAAGCCUUUCGCAGUCAGGUUGAUAUUCAACAACAUCAGAGUGAAUGAUAUGUAUGAUAAGAAGGCAAUUAACUACCUCAAACAGACAACAGACGGGAAAUACAUUCGUAGUGUGAUGAAACGUAAACUUGCAGACCAGUCGGGCUACUUUGCAGAGAUUUUUCUGGAGGGGGAAUGUUUGAAUGACAAGAUGGUGGAGGAAGGCUAUGCUAGUCUCCGCCUGGAGAUGAAGCGGCGAGAGAUGGACGGCAACACGAGAGGCGGGGGAGGGUUCGGAACGCCGACAGAGAGGGACAUUGGAGGGGGGUACACUGUUAACGCAGAUAAAGCAUCAGGAGACUUUACUCAGAGACAGGUGUUCGAUGAGACCGGAAAAAUUCAAGUCUCACUGCCCAACAGUGGUAGAUCCACACCGAACUCGGAGACCAACCACGUGAAUUCAGGUCCAGAUCUGCGCCCGGAACUGAAUGCCAAGAUUCAGGAGUUGCAGAAAGUCAAAUAUGAGAAAGAAAAGAUCAACGGAGAGCUGGCUAAUCUCCGAUCAAGAAUGAAGGUUCUUCAAAAUGAGUUUGCAUCAGUAUCCAGCAAGAUGAUGGAGACAUCAGUUAACAACCAGUUUCGCUCUGUGCUAGAACUUGCUGGGAAGGUCAAGAAACUCAGGUGUCAGUUUCCCGGGCUCCAGAAGACCCCCAUUGAUGAUGGCCUUGACCUUGUGAACAGUGAGGAAAGGAUACAGAGCACGUCAGUGAAGAGUCUGCCCGACGUGCUGUCUGCCCUCUCCAAGUACAGGGGGGCACAGAAGGAAAUCUGCAUGCUGAAAGAUAUGACGACCUUGGACAGUCUUGUCGAGACGAGGAACUCAGCCCGGGAGGAGACUGUCACCAUUCUGCGAGUGUGUGUGGAGGAGCUGGAGUCGCUUCCCUUGACCGACAGGAGCAAGGCUGUUCAGGAAUCUCUAGCCAAGAUAAGACAGUGCUACGACAGUUACUUCAAGUUUGUGGUCCAUUCCUGUCCUUCCCUGGAAACAUUCCUACCAACUUUCGUAGAGUGGAAGCAAAAGAGAAUGGCUGAGUUCACCGAGGCACGACAGAUGACAGACUCCUACAAAGAUGCUACCAUGACAGCUCUCGCCAGCAUACAGUCUCAACUUUCGUUUGACAACCUGGAAAAUUUUGAGCAGCCCGACUUUGACCUGGAAGCACUCCUCCGCCAAUACAUACAGGGCCUGCAGCAUGAGAUCACUGUCACUGAUGCUGAGCGGAGUUCUGAGGGCGCCUUCCUGGCUGCACUGGUCCAGUCCCUGUACAAAGAGCUGCAAUCUGAGGUGUCUAACAUAGACAACUACCAACAUCUCCUGACUGAGUUCCGCACGAUGAAGACGGAGUGUGAACCAUGGCUUGAGGAUAAACCAUGUACAGAGGAACUUCUAGGAAUUCGCAAAACACUUCGGGGUUUGCGGUCAAAGCUCCGGCACAGGGUUGCCGACAGACAGGAUUUAGAAGAGAACGAGGGUGACCCAAGGGAGUUGGAUGAGAUCAAGAAGGACAUCAGUGCCAUCAGAACGGAGAUACACCAGGCACUCAGCAUCGAGGACGGUCUGGUGACUGACUUGUCCAAGAUUGCUGAUGCCCACUUCCCUGAGCUGAUGAAGAUCCACCCCGAGUUGGGUAUUGACAUACACUUGGAGUUUAAUGGCCUGGUGAAACCCAGCCAGGAGAUGGAACAUUUCGACCUGACACAAGUAGAGGGAGCCAGUCAGGGGUUCUACAUGUCUACCUUCUUGAGGAAGCCUGUAUUCAUCCGGGAGCACUUGUUGUCCGACGGUGAUCGUCUGGACAAGGAUGAUUGUGUCCGGCAGGCCAUGACGUACUCCAUGGCUAAGCAGGAGAAUGUACAAUCUAUCAUGUCUGUCUUUUUCGAUAAGAAUGCUCGUCAUGCAUACGUUUGCACAGCAAAGAAUGGGGAAACAUUGUCUAGUAUGGUCCACAGGGGCAAGAAACCUCACAGAAAGACCAUACAGAUGAUCAUGAGGUGUUUGGCUAAAGCUCUUCAGAGUCUCCAUGCCAACAACAUAGUCCAUGGGGAGGUAACUCCGCAGAACAUUCUCAUUAGAGAGGAGGAUGGCAUGGCUGUACUGAUGCAUCCUGACUUUUCGCAAACAAUGAAAGAACGCAGCAGAAAGAAGUACUCUACACCGUCAGGGAUGGCGUUCAUGGCACCGGAGUUGAAAAAUGCUAUGCUGAAAGAUGUCUUCCCAGCGACCGAUAUGUUCAACCUUGGCUUGCUGUUGCUAUGGCUUUACUAUCCUGAUGUCCACUUCGGUAUCAAGGCUGAUGCCCCGGACUUCACUGGCGUACCUCUUGAAAAACCCGUCCAAGUACUGCUUUCCUCACUGCUGAACAACCUUCCCCAUCUUCGAGUGACGACAGAUCUGCUGAUGACGUCGGAAUACCUCAACAUGACCAUCCCAGAAGUAGACCCAGAGCCACAGCCAGAACCCCAGCAGCAGCAGCAGCAGCAGCAGCAGCAACAACAACAACAACAACAACAACAACAACAGCAGCAGCAGCAACAACAACAACAACAACAACAGCAGCAACAACAGCAACAGCAACAACAAGUAUCACAAGAUCAGCUGCCUGCUCCCAUACAGAGUAGUGAAUACGAUGUAAUGUCAAAUAUUGGUUCCUUCGAUCCAAGCAUGCUGGAUAUGGGAGAACCAGAACCAGAUGCAACUAGUCAGUCCCAGUUUGAGCCAGAGCAGAAUGAGUUUGAUCCAGCUGAGACCACACAAAACCAUUGUGAACCAGAUGUUUCAAGUGAGACUUUACUUCCAAAUGGAGAGGAAACUAACUCAGCUGUAGAAACCAAUAACCAAACCGAACCAGCCAACUCAAAUUCCUGUGAUCAACCUAUAUCUGUAGAAUGUUCUAGAGACAUGGACAGUGCUGUUGUAAUAGAUUCCUUGGAGGACAAAGGGAGAGAAGCAGUGGAGGAUGGUAAUACUCAAAUCGAGGGAGAGGUCAAGGCUGAAAGUGGAGACGGGCCUGACAACAAGCAUACUAGCAGUACGGGCGACGGGUCUCCGGGACUGGUGGAGAUUAUGACAGGGAGGGCGUCGCCAUUGACAAAUACAGACAAUAUUAACCUAGAAGAUGUGGUGAAAGGGUUUAGCAAGCAGAAUUCCUUCCUGAAAGAAGAGACGAAACCCACUCCACCACUCUCACAGCUGCUGAAGCAAUUCCACAGCCAGCCGGGCACAGAGCCAGGAUCUCAUGUUUAGAUACAGAGCCAGCAUCUCACGUUUAGAUACAGAGCCGGCAUCUCACGUUUAGAUACAGAGACACAAACAGGCAGAUUUCUUCCCCUGUGUCUUUUUGUUUCUGUUUGUAUAAUUUCAUUUAAUUAUGAGUCCCAGACAUUGUUAUCUAUUAAAGAUGUAUUGAGUUUUCAGACAAUAUGAUUUGCUUGUUAACAGUUUCAACAUCUGACCCAUGCAGAACAUUGGUUGUUUGUGUUGCACUGGAACAGUGACAUGUUUGUUUAGUUGCCAUGGCAACAACCCAUAUAUAAUUGCAACACUUCACAAGUUCUCAGAACUGUAGCUGAUCUCACGUCCUUCUCUGUAUUCAGUAGAGCAAUUCUUUUGAUGCUGCUGACUGUUAGGAGCACAGUUAACUGACUAUUAUUUUUGGGAGCAAGAUUCCUGAAGAACUAACAUCUUUGUUUUCCUCAAAACUUGUGCUGCAAUUCACUGUCUAGAGUUUCAUCCUUAAGUACUGUUUAGAUGUACUAGGGUUAACUUGUCUGGGUUUGAAUACCGGGUUAACUUGCCUGGGUUUGAAUACCAGGUUAACUUGCCUGGGUUUGAAUGCCGGGUUAACUUGCCUGGGUUUGAAUACCAGGUUAACUUGCCUAGGUUUGAAUACCAGGUUAACUUGCCUGGGUUUGAAUACCAGGUUAACUUGUCUGGGUUUGAAUACCAGGUUAACUUGCCUGGGUUUGAAUACCAGGUUAACUUGUCUGGGUUUAAAUCCAAGGUUAACUUGUCUGGGUUUGAAUACCUGGUUAACUUGCCUGUGUUUGAAUCCUGCGUUUCAAUCCCAUAUUAACUUGUCUUUGGUUUCAAUCCCAGAUUCACCUCUUUUGUGACCUUGGUCUCUCAGCUCAAAAGUGGUAAAUGUCUUAAUUUUAUCACUGCAGGUUUCGAGAAAAUGACAUCGCACGAUAUUACUGAAAGACUGUUCAAAAUAGUUUUAAGCCCAAAUCCCUUGCUCCUCAAAGCUGGAUUUUGUCAACAGACUUUUUUUUAUAACUUACAUAGUACUUGUUGUGGCAUUGGUGCCGCAAUUUGCUGUGUAUAGUUGCUUUCCUAAGUUGCACAAGAAUCAAAGGGUAUUGGGUUCUAGCCACAGAUUGUAAAACUUGGCACCAUACCCAUGUUUCACCAAAGUGGGAAAUGUUUUUGAUCUGCAUCACUUUUGACUUUCUUCCCACUUUAAGCUGACACAUCAGGUCACAACUGAAUUACUGUUCAAAGCGGGUUUUAUUUACUUAAAAAACUACAAGAUCUCUCCAUUCCCAGAGGGAAAGUGCCAUAGUCUAGUGGUAAUCAUGUUGACUAAGAAGUUCCAGUUUCUAGUCAGUCAUGGAACAUCCAUGUUGUUUAAUUGGACAAAAGAGGUGGACUUGGAUCAAAAACUAGGAUCACCAAUAACAAGUGUUGAAAUAGGGCCUCCCAUAGGUUCGAUUCCCGACAUGGGUACAAUGUGUGAAGCCCAUUUCGGGUGUCACCCGUCGUGAUAUUGCUGGAAUAUUGUUAAAAGCGGCGUAAAACAAUACUCACUCAUCUCUUAUCAGUAACUUCACACAUCUCUUGAUCACAUAAGUUAAAUUUGAUUGGGCAGCUAGUUUUAGUGUCGUGUACCGGUAAUUCGAAUCAUAAUCAAAACAAAGGUAUGGUAGUGGCAAACUGGUUGAGAGAAUUUAUCAAAGUGGUGUGGAGACAGGGUUCAAUUUGGCUAUGUAAAACAUGCACCAGUGAAGCCUAGUAUUGAAAAAUGUCUACAUGGACCAAGUGCAUGUAAAAAAAAAUUGAUUAUUUUUUCUUACUUGUUAUCACAACAUUAAUCUUUGAACACCCUCAAUACCUUUCAGCUUUAUAUAUAAUACUAUAUUACUAAUCCCUGUGUUAUGUGUAGUUCAUGACACAGGACACAGACAUCUUAGAUUUGACUUAUUUAGACCAGAUUAUGCAUCUCUCUUUCAACUUUUAUAAAUUUAUGGGACCAGGGUGCAACCUGGUUUAGUCAGGUGCAACUAGCUUUUCAUGUCAACAUGCACCCACUGCAAGUUAAAUCAAGUUCCUUAAAUCGAGCCCUGGGGAAUUGAUACACUGAAUAAAUGACAAUAUGACCAGUUGAUGAGGAGGGAAUCACAACCCUGGGCAGAUGGUUUCAUUGUGUAGGAUUCAGAAGAAACGGGUGUCGGGGGUAACCUAAUGGUUAAAGCGUUUGCUUGUCACGCCGAAGCCCGGGUUCGAUUCACCACAUGGCUACAAUGUGUGAAACCCAUUUCUGGUGUCCCCCGCCGUGAUAUUGCUGGAAUAUUGCUAAAAGAGGCGUAAAACCCAAAUCACUCACUCUCUGAAAGAACAAUUAUUAAUUUGUAGUGCCUGUAUGAAUGAUACAUUACAGAAUACAUUCAGCAAGUCCCAAUCCUUGGCUCAUUAAUUUGGGGUGUAUAAUCUGUACCUUCAUCUUCAUGGUAAAUAAAGUCAAAUAUUGACCAGAACAGACAUCCUUGUUAAUGCUGAGAGGAAACGAAUGGUCCAGUCGCAGUGAUGUCCACUGUUAUCUAGUCAGCGUAUAGAUAACAAUUAUGUAGAUGCUAGUACAACAAAGUAGCAUAUUGUGUUAACUUGUACAUACGUAAUAUAGUAUGUGGCAUUGUCUUUCAUUAGUCGAGCAUCUCCUGAUUUUAGAGAAUGGAGGAUGCCCGUUUUGGCCAUAGAGGAUGCCUGUUAAUGAUCUACCGGUAGUUAUUCUAUUAACUGUCCACAUGUCUUAUAUAAACUUACAUUACAGGCUCAUUAAUUUGGGUCCAUUUGCUUCAAAAUAUACCUCAAAACGCACCACUUAUAUUCAGAUUGAGUGCAUACAAAUCAAAAGUAGCUAUCCCAUGAAUCAUACAUACCUAAAAGAGGGAAAACCGCAACAAAACAACUCCUGAUGCACCACUCACAAAACUCUUCUCUUCUCAGUUUGGCCAUCCUCGAUUAUCUCCAUUCUAAUGGAUACAUAUACACAUGGCUUGCCCAAGAUUGGUUUCCCCAAGCCCCAUGAUGAGAAGCAUGUCUAGGAAUGCCAUGGUUUGUGAAUUCCUUUCAUUUGGGGGGGGCCCGGAUGGCCCAGCCGCGAUUCGCUGUGCAGAGUUGCGUCCCUUUGGCACGCCAGAAACCUAUGAUCGUGGGUUCAAAUCCCAGUUCGCCCCAAUUAUGUUUCUAGGUUUGUCAGCACAAUACCCGUGCUCGUGGGUU